AUGAGCGUCAUUCUUUGCACUGCUGGAUAUGAUCAUACAAUCCGCUUCUGGGAGGCGCUCUCAGGUAUUUGCUCUCGCACUAUUCAGCAUCCAGAUUCUCAAGUGAACCGCCUAUGCAUCACCCCCGACAAGCGCUUUCUUGCUGCUGCUGGCCACAAUAAUGUCAAGCUCUUUGAUAUCAAGUCUUCCAAUCCCAAUCCUGUGAUGACCUUUGAGGGGCACACUGGUAAUAUCACUGGAGUCGCAUUCCAUUGUGAGGGUAAAUGGAUGGUGACUAGCUCGGAGGAUGGAUCUGUGAAAGUUUGGGAUACACGCACUGGUACUCUGCAGCGCAACUACCUCCACCGUGCCCCAGUCAAUGACGUGGUUAUCCACCCUAAUCAGGGUGAGUUGAUCAGUGGUGAUCGCGCCGGUAUGGUUCGAGUCUGGGAUCUGGGUGAAAGUGUUUGCACCCAUCAGUUAAUUCCUGAGGAUGAUACUUCUGUCCUCAGUGUGAGCGUUGCGAGUGAUGGCUCACUGCUCUGCGCUGGAAACAAGAAGGGAAAUGUCUACAUCUGGCGCAUGCACCAAACAGAUGAGGCAACUCGCAUCAUUCCCAUCUGCACCUUCCAAGCUCACAAGGACUACUUGACCCGUGUUUUACUAUCCCCAGAUGUCAAACACCUGGCCACUUGUUCAGCCGAUCAUACUGCCAAAGUCUGGAAUCUGGAUCCUGAUUACGCACCGGCCAAGGUUGCGAUCAAAGAUUGGAAUGAGAAGCAAGCCUUGAAAGCCGCUACCGAGAGCCAAAAUGAGUCCGGCUCUGAUAGCGCUGAGGCCCAGCAGAGUGUUGAGCUCCAAAACCAGACCCGCGACCUCCUGCGUAUUUUCGACCCACCCGCCCGUGAUCGUGAACUACUGCGGAUCUCAGGCCAGGUGCCCCGAACCGAAACUCCCCAGCAGACCUUCACUCCCCAGCCGGAUGGUCCACCUAUGGACCCCGCCAACGGUACUUUGUUCUUGGAGACCACCCUUGCCAAUCACCAGCGCUGGGUUUGGGACUGCGCCUUUUCAGCUGACUCUGCAUACUUGGUAACCGUCUCGAGUGAUCAUUAUGCCCGCCUGUGGGAGCUCAGCACUGGAAACAUCAUUCGUCAGUAUAGUGGACAUCACCGUGGUGCUGUUUGUGUUGCUUUAAACGACUACUCUGAGCCUCGCUAA